GUUUCUAGGAGGAGACUUAUGAGUUAUGAGGAUGAAGACGAAGUUGGUCCAAGCUCAGCUGCUGAUGAUUCCUCUGAUAAAUCUGGAUUGUAUCCGAUUGAGAUUGCUUCGAUUGUGUCAGCUUCAGUAAUUGUCUUUGUGCUUCUUGUUCUUGUGCUCUUGUUCAUCUACACGAAGAGAUGGAAACGAAACUCUCAGAUUCGUGUUGAUGAGAUCAAGGAGAUUAAAGUGUUUGUGGACAUUGGUAUCCCUCUGACGUAUGAGAUCAUUGUUAGAGCUACUGGUUACUUCAGCAACUCUAACUGUAUUGGUCAUGGUGGUUUUGGUUCGACUUAUAAAGCAGAGGUGUCUCCAACGAAUGUGUUUGCUGUUAAAAGACUCUCUGUUGGGAGGUUUCAAGGAGAUCAACAGUUUCAUGCUGAGAUCUCGGCUCUUGAAAUGGUUAGGCAUCCGAAUCUUGUU